CCAGGCUGUAAAUGAAAGCUGAUGAAAUAUUCCCAACGAAUUUACUCUUUCCAGUAUAUUUCCGUAUAUUUGAAUUACAAUGUCUAACAAAAUGUUAUCGGUCAACAACACGGUUUACAAAUGUUUCAGAACUUUUCAGAACAGUUCUCUGCGAGGGUUCGGCACGGGGUCUCCCUCCCUCGGUUCAGUGAGUUUAAAGGGUCGCAGCUGUCUCACUCUGAAGGAUUUCAGCUCAGAAGAAAUCAAGAGGCUGCUGUGGGUCUCAGGGGAUCUAAAACAUCGGAUAAAACAUGAGAAACAGUAUCUUCCUCUUCUGCAAGGGAAGUCCAUCGCUAUGAUAUUUGAGAAGAGGAGCACUAGAACAAGAAUGUCCACAGAAACAGGUUUUGCUUUGCUGGGGGGUCACCCCUGUUUCCUCACCUCUCAGGACAUCCACCUUGGAGUGAAUGAGAGCUCCACAGACACAGCUAGGGUUCUCUCAGGGCUCUGUGAUAUUGUCUUGGCUCGAGUGUACGGCCACUCCACCCUGGAGGAGCUGGAUAAGGAGGCCUCUAUUCCCAUCAUAAACGGGCUGUCUGAUCUCUACCACCCAAUCCAGAUUCUGGCUGACUACCUCACUUUACAGGAACAUUACGGCUCCUUGAGUGGACUGACGGUGAGUUGGAUUGGAGAUGGAAACAAUGUCCUCCACUCCUUCAUGAUGUCAGCAGCCAAACUGGGGAUUCACCUGAAGAUUGCUACACCAAAGGGUUAUGGACCAGAGCAAAGCGUUAUUCAAGAGGCUCAAAGACUCUCCAAAGAGCAUGGGACUCAACUUCUUCUGACCGCUGACCCUAUGGAGGCCGCCCACGGCAGCAAUGUUUUGGUCACUGACACCUGGGUCAGCAUGGGACAGGAGGAGGAGAAGAAAAAGAGGCUCAAUGACUUUAAAGGUUACCAGAUUACAAUGCAGACAGGAAGUGUGGCCAAACCCGACUGGACCUUCCUGCACUGUCUCCCAAGAAAAAUGGAGGAGGUGGAUGACGAGGUAUUCUACUCGCCCCGCUCCCUCGUCUUCCCUGAGGCAGAGAACAGAAAGUGGACCAUUAUGGGUCUGAUGGUUUCUCUUCUGACCGACUACUCCCCACAGAUCCCAAUGCUCAAGUUUUAACCUCUGAUUCAAACGCCUAUUUGUGUGUCAUAAUGAAUGACAAAUGAUACAAAGUUCAAUGUAAAACAAUAAGAACAUCAUUGCAGCACAAAACUGAUGAACUCAAAGUUAUUGUGUUUACACUGUUGAACUUACUUAGUGAUAUAUGGGGCAUGCAUGGUUUGCUUUUUCUGCCAUGUUUGAUGUUUCAGGAUGACUACAGAAACCAUAGAACAGAGAACAGACCACCGCUGACUGCUGUUCAAUCAUUAAAAGCCCAAGUUAUCUGUUUACUUUAAAAUGUAACUGUGAUAUGAAAGGGAACAAACAUUGCUGCAAACAUGAGAUCUACUGUGGACUAUGACUUACUGACUUCAACUUGCUAUUGUUGUUUUAACUUAGCAGCCACUGCCUCCAACAGCAUUAAAAAUGGCCUCUGUCUUGGUUUACCAGUUGUAUUUAA